CCUAAUAAACCCUAAACGUAAGGAGCAGCAGAAAGCAUAGCAGAGAUACAGAGGGUGACACAGAGAGAGGAAGGACAAAAACAGAAAUUGGGACCCUAAUUUGGUAACCUCAAGUCUGAAAAAGCUACCAAGCAGCUAAUUAAAAGUUAUCGACGUUGUUCUUUCUCACGAAAUUGAAAUUGAGCUUCCUUUUGCCCAUUCAACCAAUAUAAGGUUUGCCAAGCUAAAAGCGAACUGAUACAGGAUUGUAUAUCCUUUUGUUUAUGGCGUUGGAGUUAUAAUUACCUGUGCUUCAAAACACACAUUUCUUAUUAUAAAAUAUAACAAACAUUUUUUUAGUAUUAUUUUUGACACAUAAUUUGUUAGUAUAUAGAUAUAUAGAAAUAUUUAAGUUUUUGUUCUCAGAUGGCAAUGGAUGGAAGUUUCAGUGUUGAAUCUGCAUUCAAGAGGUUCCUUUCUCGUUGCCCAGAGCUUAGAAAAAUUCAGAAGCUCAAUGACCUUGAAAAGAAGGGACACAUGACGACAGAGGAAGAAGUCAUAAAUUUGGUGGCAGAACUAUUUUUGAACCCAAAUUAUACGAUACCCUUGGUUGGGUGUUUCAGACCACUGGCUAGAAAGAUCAUAGAUGAAACUGUGUCUUUGCUUGGCAAGUGUAAUCUAAGUUCCAACCAGGAUGACACAACAGUGGAUCCAAGAGAGUUUGUUAAAGGAGAAAUUGCUUAUGUUAUUGAUUUUUAUGAUCGAAGUGGGAGGGGUUUGAUUCUUCACGAGCUCGCUUGCUUAGCUUUUUGCCGUGCCCUUGAUUUGGAUAAUUCCUUAUUGGGGUCUCUGUCAGCUUACUUCAAAUUUUCAUUGCCUCCUUUUGAACGUAUUUUGAGGAAAAGAGCGGUUUCUGAGCAGAUUGAGGUUGUUGGUCAUUGCUUACUUGCUGCACGGGUAUCUUACCGUCUACUCCUUCUAGAACCCGAGUUCUUCUCUGUAAGGUGGGAUUGGUCCUGUUUUUUGGAGCUUUUAAAGACAAUGCAAAAUAUUGAUCUGGGUCAUGGUGCUCGAGAUGAGGAGAUUUCAGAUAUAAGAUGGUGCGGAAUACAAAUCCUAUCCAUCACUUUGAAAAUAAGUGACAGAGCAAUUGAAAAUUUUGGUGUGGGAGCUGAAGAAGCUGCUUCAUGUUUAUUGCGCUGGGAGGAGUUCUGUAAAGACGUGGCUAUAGAGAAGGCUGGAUUAUAUGUUGAUUCACUUGAGCACAUAAUAUUGGGUUCUGUCAACGGAGGACCUGAUUUCAGCCAGCAAAAUGUCCUGAGAUCUCAUGGCCACAAUCCACUGGCUUCGUCAAAGUUUGAUGAAAUUGAGCCCACGAUUAAGAGUCGACGGUUGGCUAAAUGGAAUGAUAAAGAAGGAAGUCCAUUUGUAAUGACAUCAACAGUAGAGAAAAGUUUUCAGAUGGUGCUAUUAGCAGUGAGUCAAAGGUGGCCUGUUCUUCUGUAUGGCCCUGCUGGUGCUGGGAAAACUGCCCUCAUCAGCAAGUUAGCUCAAGAUUAUGGGAACCAAGUUCUUUCUAUCCACAUGGAUGAACAAAUUGAUGGCAAAACAUUGAUUGGGACUUAUGUCUGUGCUGAACAACCUGGUGAAUUUAGAUGGCAACAUGGUUCACUUAUCCAGGCUGUUCUGAAUGGCUAUUGGGUUGUAUUUGAGGACAUUGAUAAAGCACCACCAGAUGUGCAAUCGAUCUUACUACCUUUACUUGAAGGUGCAAACUUCUUCAUAACUGGUCGUGGGGAGGAAAUAAGAGUAGCAGAAAGCUUUAGACUAUUUUCUACCAUUUCUACUUCAAAGAUUGAUGUGUUCUGUAAUGCAGAAGGUGGAAAGUUACUUAGCACUCUUUGGAGGAGAGUGAUGAUUAGGCUGCCAAAAAAUGAUGACUUGCAAAAUAUAGUGAAAGCAUGGUAUCCAAAUUUGGAGCCUCUUGCUGGGAAACUUAUAGAAACAUUUGAAAGAGUUAACUCCUCCUCUCUAUACCAUAUUUUGGGAUUUCAGUCUGGAAAUUCCUGUCUUGGUGGAUCUGUGGGCAGGUUCUCUUUAAGGGAUCUCCUUAAAUGGUGCAAACGAAUAGCUGGAUUAGGCUUUUGCACUAUGGGAGAUGCGUUGGCGGAUUAUCAGUGUCACUGCAUCUAUCAAGAGGCUGUGGAUAUAUUUGCAGCAUUUUCAGCAUCAGUUGAGACUCGAAUGACUAUAAUGAAAGACAUCGCGAAGUUGUGGAUGGUUCCACUCUCUGAGUCAGGAAUUCUACAUCCUUGUAAACCCGAAAUCCAGGGUUUGCUUGCAGAACUAAGAAUUGGACGAGUUACUCUUCAACGCACUGAAACUACGUUACAUGGCCAAGAGAGACUUGUCAAGAUGUGUAGUUCUUUGCAUGUACUUGAGAGAAUAUCUUGCUCUGUUAAGUACAAUGAGCCUAUUCUCUUGGUUGGUGAAACUGGAACUGGGAAAACUACACUUGUACAAAAUCUGGCAACAAUGCUUGGUCAGAGGCUUACUGUUCUGAAUUUGAGUCAACAAAGUGAUGUUGCUGAUUUAUUAGGAGGAUUUAAGCCCAUAGACCCACAGUCUAUUUGUAUUCUCCUUUAUAAGGAGUUUGAAUCUCUUUUUUCGAAGACAUUUUCAGUGAAGGUAAAUGAUAAACUUUUUGCCUACUUACAAAAGCAAUUGCGAAAGAAGAACUGGACAAUGUUAAUGGACGCAUUUAAGAAGUAUGUAGAUUAUUUCCAAAACAAAGUACAAGUAGAAAGAUCUGGAUCUGGGAAGAAGCGAAAAAAGCCUUUUGAUAAAGAAGAAAUGCGCGGAGCUUGGGAGAAUUUUUAUGUGAAACUUGUAACUGCAUAUGCACAAAUUGGGGCUUCAUCUGGAAUGAUGUUCUCAUUCAUAGAAGGAGCCUUCAUAACUGCACUUAGAAAUGGUGAGUGGAUUUUGCUGGAUGAGGUGAAUUUAGCUCCUCCUGAGACCUUGCAGAGAAUUGUUGGUGUUCUUGAAGGAGACUCUGGAUCACUUUGUUUAGCUGAAAGAGGGGAUAUAAGUCAUAUACCAAGACAUCCUAGUUUCCGAAUAUUUGCCUGCAUGAAUCCUGCAACUGAUGCUGGAAAGCGAGACUUGCCCUACUCUUUGCGGAGCAGAUUUACAGAGUACUUUGUUGAUGAUUCUUUAGGUAGAGAGGAUUUGAAAUUAUUUGUUAACAAAUUUAUGGAGGAAACUCAAUCAAAUAAGGAUCUAGAACAAAGAAUAAUUGAUUUCUACGAGACAGCCAAAGUAAACUCUGAAGAAAGGCUUCAAGACGGGGCUAAUCAGAAGCCUCAAUAUAGCUUAAGGUCUUUAUACCGUGCACUAGAGUACACCAGGGAGGCAAAGGCAAAUUUUGGAUUUCAAAAGGCAUUUUAUGAUGGCUUUUGUAUGUUUUUUCUCACUAUGUUGGAUAGGCCCAGUGCCAAGAUUAUGAAAGAGAUGAUCAAGGAUAAGUUGUUAGGGGGGAAUAAACCUUCAUCAGUACCUUUUGAUACUUACUUAACAGUUAAAAAAGACUCCAUCUCGGAGGAUUUCUCAGAGAAUUAUGUAUUGACAAGGAGUGUUAAGAAGCAACUCGAAAACUUGGCGCGUGCUGUUUUUAUCAAGAGAUAUCCUGUCCUUUUACAGGGACCAACCUCCAGUGGAAAAACUAGCCUUGUUCAGUAUCUUGCUGCAAGAACUGGGCAUGAAUUCGUACGGAUAAACAACCACGAACACACUGAUCUGCAGGAAUAUUUAGGUUCUUACAUAUCUGAUAUUCAUGGAAAGCUUAUAUUUCAUGAAGGUGUAUUGGUUAAGGCUGUCCGUAAUGGUUAUUGGAUUGUUUUGGAUGAGCUAAAUCUUGCCCCAUCUGAUGUGCUGGAAGCAUUAAAUCGGUUGUUAGAUGACAAUAGAGAACUUUUUGUGCCUGAAUUGCGUGAGACCAUAAGGGCACAUCCAAAUUUUAUGCUUUUUGCUACUCAAAAUCCACCCACUUUCUACGGUGGUCGUAAAAUGCUUUCUCGAGCAUUUCGCAAUCGUUUUGUGGAGGUUCAUGUUGAUGAGAUCCCAGAUUUUGAGUUGAGCACAAUAAUAGAGAAAAGGUGUAAAAUCCCUGGAAGCCGUGCCCAGAUCAUGGUUGAAGUCAUGAAGGAGCUGCAAUUGCAUAGGCAGAGGAGCAAAGUGUUUGCUGGAAAACAUGGAUUCAUAACUCCAAGAGACUUGUUUCGUUGGGCUAAUCGAUUGAAAAUAUUCGGAAAUUCUAAAGAAGUUAUGGCGGAACAGGGUUUCUAUCUUUUGGCAGACAGGCUGCGAGAUGAUGGAGAGAAACUCGUGGUUCAAGAAGUUUUGGAAAAGCAUCUCCGGGUCAAAAUUGCCAGAGAUAACUUGUACAAGGAUUCAGUUGGAAGGGACUCUAAAUCCAUGGAAAGGGACUUGAAGAUUCCUGGAAACAUUAUCUUGACUAAAAGUAUGCAGAGAUUGUUCUUUCUUGUCAAGAAUUGCUAUGAGUUACAUGAGCCUGUACUGCUUGUUGGAGAAACUGGUGGUGGAAAGACUACCGUUUGUCAGUUACUUAGUAGCUCGUUGGGAACACAAUUGCACAUUUUGAAUUGCCAUCAAUACACAGAAACAUCUGAUUUUCUUGGGGGGUUUUAUCCUAUCCGAGAGAGAUCAAGACUGGCAUCAGAAUUCAAAUACACAGUAGAAAAGUUGAAGCUAUCAAAGGCUUAUGUCCUCUUCCCUGAGUUCUUAGAAAUCUCUUCUGAUAUUAGCCAGGCUUCUUCGACUCUUAGUCAUCUCUCUGCAAUACUAAUUAGUUACAAAGAAGGUGGAGUUCCCUGUCCUGGUGUCACUAUGCAAGAUCUUGAUACUCUUGAGGAGAUGAAGUUGAACCUUGAUCAGCUGCAUGAAAAGUGGCAGACAAUAUUUACAUGGCAAGAUGGGCCUCUUGUGCAAGCCAUGAGAGCUGGUGAUCUAUUUCUUGUGGAUGAAAUUUCAUUGGCUGAUGAUAGUGUACUUGAGAGAUUGAAUAGUGUAUUGGAGCCUGAAAGAACACUGUCUUUGGCAGAGAAAGGAGGGUCUGCUAUGGAAAAUAUAACAGCUCAUGAGAAUUUUUUAGUUCUUGCAACUAUGAAUCCUGGAGGUGAUUAUGGUAAAAAGGAAUUAUCUCCGGCUCUUCGCAACCGGUUUACUGAGAUUUGGGUUCCGCCUGUUAGUGAUCUGGACGAACUUAGAGAUAUUGCUUUGAAGAGGUUUUCUAAUCCAGAAUUCUCAUACAUUGUGGACGCUAUGAUAAAUUUCUGGGAGUGGUUCAACCAGUUGCAAACAGGGAGGAUGCUUACUGUGAGGGAUCUCCUAUCUUGGGUCGAGUUUAUUAACACGACUAAAGGAAGUUUAGAACGUGAUUAUGCAUUCUUCCAUGGCCUUUUUCUUGUUUUGCUGGAUGGACUAAGUCUAGGGACUGGUAUUUCCCGAGAGGAUGCUAGACUGUUAAGGGAGAAAUGCCUGUCUUUUCUUGUAAAGCAAUUUGAGUUGGACAAUAACGUGCUACAUAAACUUUCAACGAUGGAAAAUUAUGGUUGGGGUGAUCUUGGAACAGUUGAAGAUAUUUCUUGUUGCCAUGACAUGCUCUGCGACAAUGUUUUUGGUAUCAGUCCAUUUUAUAUUGAAAAAGGCUAUGGAAAGUGCGAGACCAGUGGUUUUGAAUUUUUGGCACCAACCACCCGCAGAAAUGCUUUGCGGGUAUUGCGUGCUAUGCAGCUUCCAAAGCCUGUUCUACUGGAAGGUAGUCCAGGUGUUGGUAAGACAAGUUUGAUCAUUGCCUUGGGAAAGUAUUCUGGGCAUAAGGUUGUACGCAUAAACUUAUCUGAGCAGACUGAUUUAAUGGAUUUGCUGGGGUCAGACUUACCUAUUGAAAGUGAUGAGGGGAUGAAGUUUGCAUGGUCUGAUGGAAUUUUGCUGCAGGCUUUAAAGGAGGGUUGUUGGGUUUUGCUGGAUGAACUUAAUCUUGCUCCACAGUCUGUCCUAGAGGGAUUGAAUGCUAUUCUGGAUCAUCGUGCUGAGGUAUUCAUUCCAGAGCUUGGGCUUACUUUUAAAUGCCCAUCAUCUUUCAGAGUCUUUGCUUGUCAAAAUCCUCUCUCUCAAGGUGGUGGCAGAAAAGGCCUUCCGAGAUCCUUUCUAAACCGUUUCACUAAGGUAUACAUAGAUGAGUUGGUCGAUGAUGACUACUUGUUCAUCUCUAGUUCCCUUUAUCCCGCCAUCCCAAGACCUGUGCUUUCAAAGUUAAUUUUCUUCAAUAAAAGGCUACAUGAAGAGACCAUGUUAUAUAAAAAAUUUGCUCACGAUGGCUCCCCAUGGGAGUUUAAUUUGCGUGAUGUGAUUCGCUCGUGUGACAUUAUUCAAGGUUCUCCAAACAAGUCAAAAUUUGAUAGCUUUCUUGACUUAAUUUAUGUGCAAAGAAUGCGUACUCCUGCUGAUCGCAAGCAAGUUUUACAGCUUUAUGAAGAGGUAUUUGGGGUGAAGCAGUUGAUAAAUCCAUUCCCACGAGUACAACUAAAUCCUAACUACUUAACCGUGGGAAAUACUACCUUUAAAAGAAACAGUACUUGGUCUUCUAAACUUAAGAGUAGUCAGCUGAAUGUUAUACCUAGCAUUCGCCAUAGCUUGGAAGCUGCUGUGCAUUGUGUACAGCAUCAGUGGUUGUGCAUCUUGGUUGGUCCAGCAUCAUCUGGGAAAACUUCGUUGAUAAGGUUAUUAGCUGAGGUCACGGGCAAUGUACUAAAUGAGCUAAAUCUUUCAUCUGCAACUGAUAUAUCUGAAUUACUUGGAUGCUUUGAGCAAUAUGAUGCUUACCGCAACUUUAGGUCCAUUUGUGGUCAAGUUGAAUGCUAUGUUACUGAAUAUUGCAGCUUGUUAUUGGAGUUUAAAGUGACACUCUGUGAAAAAAGGGAUAUACUCACCAAAUGGCUUGCUUUCUUAUCCAGUAUGGACUCUAGUUUCUUGUCAACUUCCACGCUUUUCGAGAAUUGGCAGAGUAUUGUCAAUUCUCUUAAUUUGCUAGUUGAGAUUACUGAGCAAUUAAAAUUGGAAGUGGUAAACAAUGGCUUACCUGUUUCUUGGUCAAGCAAUGAACUGGAUGGUAUCAUGAAGGCUAUUUCAAAGUUGCAAGAUUAUCUACAAAGAAGUCAGUUCUCUGCAAAAUUUGAGUGGGUUGCUGGUUUACUUGUAAAAGCAAUAGAAAAUGGUGAAUGGGUUGUUCUAGAAAAUGCAAAUCUUUGUAAUCCCACGGUUCUUGAUAGAAUCAACUCUUUGGUGGAGCCAAGCGGAUCAAUUACACUUAAUGAAUGUGGGCUUAUUGAUGGAAACCCAGUGGUUCUUCAUCCACACCCAAAUUUUCGGAUGUUCCUCACAGUUAAUCCAAGCUAUGGUGAAGUAUCUCGAGCUAUGCGAAAUAGAGGAGUUGAGAUAUUUAUGAUGCCACCAUACUGGCUGCUUGAUGAGGAAAGUAGAGCAGAGUUUGAAUUAAAGGAUGUGAAAAGAUUUCUUGUUUUAUCUGGUGUUCCUGUUGGUAAAUUAGUCGAGUCAAUGGCCAAUGCUCAUAUUUAUGCUAGGAAUGAGGGCCUACACCUUAAUGUUCAUAUUACAUAUCUUGAACUUGCAAGAUGGAUUAAGUUAUUCCAGAAGCUUCUCAUAAAUGGCAGCCAGCUUUUGUGGAGCCUCCAAAUAAGUUGGGAGCACACAUAUCUAUCUUCUUUAGGUGAGGCUGUUGGAGGGUAUAUUAUCAAUCAUGCAAAGAUUGCUUUCUUAUCAGUAAAACCACUGUCAGUCUCUGAUUUGCCCACUGAAUCAUCUUUGUAUUUGCCUGGUGGAUGGCCAAUGCCAUUGAAGUUGAGGGAUUACAUAUUUUACUCGAAGGAAGCUUCUGUCAAACAGAACUUUAUGUAUCUGGAGCACCUUUUGUCUCAGUAUGAAUUGGGAGCCUCAAGGAAUAAAGAUGGCUUGGACCAAGUUUUGUCUGCUACCAGCCUUGUGGGGGCUUAUUUGGUCGAUUUAAAGAUGAUCCAUCUACUCAUGUUUCCACAGGCUCGUAAGGGAAUAUUUUCUAAGUCAUGUAGGGACACAAAAUUUGACCUGAAGUUGGCUAAACAGAUGAUAUUGUUUGCUGCCAAUUGGACUAUUGAACAGGCAACUGAAAUUGAUUAUAAAUUAUUCCUUCUCUGGUUUGGUUGGAUUAGCUCUAGACUAGAAUGCGGUCAUUUUUUCUAUUCAUUUGAGAAAUUACUCGCACAGGAAUUUGAGCAUACUAUUUGGAAGUGUAUUUUUCACUGCCACCAUGAACUUGCAUCUCCUCACCAAAUAGAUUUGAACUUGCGUCCAGUACCAUUGCUUUCACUAGACUUAAUUGAUUUAACUCGACCAAAUGAAACUCCAAACUCGUUAAGUGAGCUUCUGUCCAAAGCUAUUAAUUCUGUAGGCAUUCUAAGACUUUCUUAUCAACAGUGGAAUGCUCAAAGCCGGCAUAUCUAUGAUAAUGGAGCCCAGCAUUUCAAACUGGUCUUGGAGUCUCUGCAAGGGUUGGAGAAAGAAAUCCUUGACAUGCUGGUUGCAUCUCCAUCCUAUGAUGUGCUGAUUAAAAUUUACACUCAGCUUCUUGAUGAUCACAUAUUAUUUUGGAAUGCUUUUAUCUCAUCACAGUUUAAGGAAUUGCUAAUGUCUUGGAAUAAUUUAGCCAAGGAUGUCUCAAAGUUGCAUGAUUUCUGUCCAAAAGCUGUUGGAAAUGUAUUAAUGAUGGCAAGUAUUCAUUUAGAUAAAGAAUUCCAUAGGCCAUCUCAGCAGUCCUUGCUAUGGAUUCAUGGUGGCCAUCCAAUGAUACCUUCAUCUGCUAAACUAUAUGGCAAACAGCAACAACUUUUACAGCUAUGUGAGUUAAUCUGGCCAACACAUAAAAAUCCACGUAAGCAAGUGGAUGAUGGUGUUAUUGAGAUAGCUGCAUCUUCUGAUCCUGAACUUCGCUUCCUUGCUGUGCAAGGUAUUUGCAUGUCAUUGUAUAUUACCAGUAAAUGUGACGAAGACAGUGUUGAAGUUGUUCAGCAGUUGGAGGAGAUGUAUCAGAUGCUUUUGGAAAGAUUUAGAUAUGAAAAGCGCAAAUUGGAGGCAAAGUUACAGUCUGAUGAGAAUUCUGUUCUUGAGGGGAAUUCAGCUUCUCCUUGUAUUCUCUUCCCUGAAAUAUUGCACAUGAAGUCUGGUUGUGCAAGUUGGCAAGGGGCACUUUCCAUAAUUGACAUCACAAGUUUUGUCCUCGACAUGGAAUUGCUUCAGAAGCUUUCAGCAAUUAUUUUGGUCGAUCCCAGAGGAUUGCAGCUGGCACUUAGUAGUGUGUCUAACUUGCUGGAUUCUUCCUUAAAAUACUCGCUAUCAUUUUCAUCUAGGCCUCCUCAAAAUUUCAUACCGCAUCAAAAAAUUUUAUGGACGCUUGAAGCAUGGACAUCUAUUGAUGCAGUGAAUGCAAAAAUUUCCAGUUAUGUUCUUGAGAUGUGGUUUUGGUGGCAUUCAUCUUUAUGGAACCAUCACCUUGGUUCGGUUGAGAACUUCUCAAAGACUGAUAGUUUCAGUAGUCCUCUGCCUGCAAUGCUUGCUCAGCCAAUAAGAACGGCCUGUGUCACCCAUAUAGUGCAAAGUUCAUGUUCUUUUAAGGAAUAUUUUGCUCAUUCUUCAAAACUUAAACUAGCUUCAUGCAAUUUCUGGCAAAGUCCUUCAACAGGGACAAAUUUACCUAGUUUUCUGCUAUUUGUUGCCCGCUCUCUCUUCCAACAGAUCAUACAUGCAUACAGGGGAGUAUUCGAUGCUGAUAAAUUUGCUGCAAUCAACUCCAUCUUCUGCUCCUUCCAGAAGAACAUAAUUACAGAAAAUGAGGUGCAAAAUUUGAGUUCACUCAUUGCGUCUUCAAGCGAUCAAUAUUUGAACUCCUUAUUGCAUCUGUUAAUAGAGCCUCUAAUCAAAGAGCUUUAUCUCGAUUGUUAUUCCACCGACUUCGAUUUGAAUCUUGGUUAUGCAUGGUUACGGAUUGGUGGAUUGCGCUUCAAUCUCUUGCUUAGUGGUCAUGCUAUGGAUCCUGCCAUGAAAUACGCUUUCAAGUACUCACAAUUAGAAGAAAAGAUUUCAUCACUUGAGCUUGAAAUCAAGGUACGACAAGAAUGUGACUAUAUAGCAGGAUGGUUUUCUUCAAGGGAGGCUGACAAAAAGAGACUUAAAGAAUUACAGAUGCUUAAAGUUAAGCAAAAGAGGCUUCAGAGAAAGGUGGUGUUCCGUAGCAACCAGUCAAAAUUUAAUGCACUAAGAAAAGAAUGCAAGGAGUUCCUUAAACUUGUUAUUAUGGUGGUGGAUUUGGUUAGUAAUUUUGAUGUCAUGGACUUACAAAAGGUUCUUGACCAAGUGUGUAACUGGCAGGAAACAGCAAGUUGUUUUAUCAAAAGGUUAUCAGAUGAAUAUAAGGAAUAUGCUGAUGUAGCCCAACCAGUUCAAGUUGCUGUUUAUGAGAUGAAAUUAGGCCUGUCACUGGUUCUUUCUGGUGCCUUGUCAAAGAACCAUUUAAACAAAAUUGAGGUGGAUAAUAUGGAGCAAGUUGUGGAAUCAAUUUAUUCAUUCAUGAAAUUCCCAAGGGGAUAUUCUCUUGAUUCAAUUUCUUCCAAUGAUAUAGCCAGUCCUGUAAACUUCUCAGAGCGGGAAAUAAAUUUGUUGGAAAAGCUAAUUUCUAUUUCAAGUGAUAUCAAUGCUGAAAGAGGAGUAUCUGUCUUUCAACUCAAAGUAGCUCUUCAUCUGAAUAUUCUUGUCCAUAUUGCCCAUUUUGUGGCCAAUGCACAAAGGAUUGAUAGUACUUCUUUCAAGAUAUUGGAUAAGAUGUUCAAUGAAUUUGCAAGCAUUUGGAUGAAUAUGAAAGUUCAGGCAAAAAAUAAAGAAGGUCAUGAUGCUCAACAAUACAAAUUCAGGCCUCGUGCCUUUGAGAUCAAACGUGUUAUUGAUGUUAAUAUCUCAACUUUUGGCAAAUUUCUGGAAAAUGAGAACCUCUCAGAAUGGCUUGAGUUUCUUUCUGAACAUGAAUGUUCAGAAAAGGUGGAAACUAGUUUGGAGAAUGAAAGUUUGAAGGACGAAUGGGACCUUAUGCAGGAGGUGGUGCUGGACAACAUGAUCCAGAUUCACAACCAAUUAUUUGGAUCCACUAAUCUUGUUUUACAUCCUGGAACAUUUUCUGUCUCUGAUGCUGAUAGAUUGCGUUUGUUCACUGACUCAUAUUCCUUGGGAGCAGGGAUGAUCAAAGGUUUAGGGGGUUUAGUUUCCUCUGGUUUAGAUGCUAAACUGGUGCCAGAGCAUUUACUUCGCCUUUGUUUGGAGGAUGAACGAAUAUUUGUUUCAUCUCAUAAAUCAUCUAGCAAUUACAAUUUUUAUAAGGAUUCAAAUGCUUUUGAGAUGGCUAAAAUGGUGAAGUUACUUCUCUCUCUUCAAGAACGAAUUGUCAGCCUUUUGAAUGAGUGGGAAGAUCACCCUGGCCUGCAGAAAAUCAUAGAUGCAAUUGAACUGCUGUUGGGUAUUCCUUUGGACGCACCUUUAGCCAAGGCUCUAUUAGGAUUGCGCUUCCUACUUAACAGGGCCAGAGUGUUGGAAGAAAAUGGAUCCAAAUUUUCUCUGUCUGACCAACUCAAACCUAUUAUUUCUCUGGUGUGCUCUUGGCAAAAGAUGGAAUUUGAUUUUUGGCCUGCACUGCUUGAUGAGGUGCUGAAUCAAUAUGAGAUCAAUGCUGCAAAGUUGUGGUUUCCUCUAUUUUCGGUUUUGCACCAUAGGCAUGGUGCUGAUAUUGCUGGAUAUGAGCAGUCCACGAUAGAAAGUUUGGAGGAGUUUGUUAACACUUCCAGCAUCGGUGAAUUUAGAAAACGCCUUCAGCUUCUUGUUGCUUUCCUUGGUCAGAUUACUGCAGGUAGAUGCCUGGAAGUGGAGACUUAUGCAAGUCCUUUGCAGGACAGAAAUUUGGAGAUUUUGUAUAAUGUGUUUGGAUACUAUGUUCAACUUUUGCCAAUAAUCUUGGAGUACAUUGAAACUAAUAGAAGAAAUAUUGAAAUGGAACUGAAACAACUUCUGAAGCUAUGUCGAUGGGAACGAGUUGAGGCUUGCUUCUCUGCUGAAAACUCAAAAAGGGCUCGGCAGAAACUUAAGAAGCUAAUUCAGAAAUACACAGAUAUACUGCAACAACCUGUAAUGCUUAUUCUUAACCGUGAGGCUGUACAGAAAGGCAUAAAUAUUCAAUCUGUCUGUGGUCCAAAGCCCCUCAAUGAUAUUUCAGAUGCCAACACCAGGUUGUUGAAUGCUGUUCUAGAUCAAUUCAGUGAUAAAGACAGGUUUUUAUGGUAUCCUGAUUGGAGGGAAAAAGUAAAUGAUACUUUGCAGAACCUACACGUUGACAGCAUUUCUCAAUUAUGCUCACUGGGUGUCAAAGAUGUUGCAAGUAUCACAGAGCAAGUUUUAGCUUCCCAGUCUGCAUGUAAAUUACAACUUGAACAGUGGAAUGCUGUGUGCGAGACGCUUGAAAAAAUAUGUAGAGCUACUAUUGAUUGUGAUUAUCUGUGGAAAGAUACAGAAAAAAGUGUAGGGAAGAAGAGGGCUUUCUCUGAGCUUCUGAAGCUGUUGGAAAGUAGUGGGUUGCACAAGCACAAGUUUGAAGUUAUGAAUAUAUCCAACAAUUCAAACUGGUUGUUCAUUCAGCCAUCAUAUGAUGUGCAGCAUUUGCUGCUGACCCAGAAUAGACUGUCGUUUGGAGGUUCUACUGCCACUGAAGUACAAUGUCAGCCUGAUGAAAGUGUGGAUGGUGAAUGGAAAACAGUCAAUGAAUUUUACUUUAAAAGUACUGCAUCUGUGCAGCUUCUGCAACAGAUAUGCUUGAAACCCCACGAAGAUAUUACCUUCCAGCAGGCUAGUAGGUCGCUCUCUUUUCUGAACCAUCUAAUAGUUGUACAACAGAGUCAACGUGCUGCUGCCUAUGGUUUUUCUAAACGUUUGCAGUGCAUGCAAAAAUGUUUAUCAGCUCUGGGAAAUUUGUGUUCAAGGUUUCCUGGUAGGGACAGCAGAACUGGAAUUGAAUUCCCUAUGUAUCCCUUCAAAUGUUUGUGGAAACAAAAGCAAUGGUUUGAUGCUCUGACUGUCAUGUUGGUUGAGGAAUUGCUGUUGCUUAGAAAAGUAGAAAAUACCCUUUUAAAGCCUUGUCAUAAUAUCAAGCCUGCAGAGCAUAAUGUUCUUCAAUUCAUUGAAAAAUUUAUCCCCAUCAUGCAGAAAUCCAAGGAAUCUCUGGACAGUUACCUUGUUGGCAAUCUUGGAAUCAUGCAAAAUGUUAUAGAGGAAUCAGUAGAUAAAUAUCUACUUCAUAACAUGGGUGCUUUAUCUGCCAGUCCCAUGCGUCCAUUUGUCAUUUCGAAACAAAUGGAGCAACUGAUAUACGGAAAUUUUGAAGUUAUCAAGGAGUUUGGAGAGCAUCUCACUGAUUUACGCAAGCAAGAUUUGAGCAGAAGCUCAGUGAUAGAGGCAUUGCUUGGUCGUUUUCAUGAUGCAUUUGAAAAGGGCAAGUUAUUGUCUGAAGAGCUUGACUUUUCUCUAAUGGAAAAAUCAAGAAAUGUAUCAACAAACACAUGCAACAAGUCCAUCUGCCGCCAUGAAAAUUGUUCUGAGCUUGGUGUUGUGUUCGGUGGAACCCUCAAAAAUACACUUCAAGUUAUCAUGGAUGUGCUGAAAAAACAGUGUUCAUUGAGUAAUGGAUGUGCUCUUUCUGGAGAGUCAUUGGAGAAUAUUACGUCAUGGGAAUAUCUAUUUAAAACAUCAGUAGAAAAUUUGAAUGUAGAAGAGUUGUAUGAUAAUCUACUCAAAACAAUAAUUUAUGCAGAAAAAGUGAUGAAUCAUUCUGGCUGUGAUACAUCCCAUCUUUCUUUCCAUCUUGAAGCAUGUUUUCAGCAUCUGCAUGCACUUUCAGAGCUAAUAUUGACUUUUGGUGAUUGUCUACUACAAGAAUUUUUAGCCAUGCAUAAAAUGGUCUCUGUUAUGACUCAUGUUCUUGCGAAUGUUUUAUCUUCAUUGUUCUCAAAAGGGUUUGGUACUGCUGCCAAAGAUGAAGAUGAUGAUGCUAGUCAUGGUAAAUCUCAAGAUGCAACAGGGACUGGGAUGGGUGAAGGUUUGGGACUUAAUGAUGUUAGUGAACAGAUAACCGACGAAGAUCAACUUCUUGGAGCUUCUGAGAAGGCAAGUGCAGAACAAGAUGCUUCCCAUGACGCUCCAAAUAAGAAUGACAAGGGUAUCGAGAUGGAGGAGGAUUUUGCUGCUGAUACAUUUAGUGUUAGCGAGCACUCUGAGGAGGAGAAUGAUGAAGAUGGUGAUGAUGGGCAACUAGAGUCUGCAAUGGGGGAAACCGGAGCUGACAGUGAAGUCAUUGAUGAGAAACUUUGGGAUAAGAAGGAAGAUGAGGACCCUAAUACUACAGACGAAAAGUAUGAAUCUGGACCAUCAGUUAGGGACAGGGAUCCAAGCAGUAGGGAGCUUAGAGCCAAGGAGGAUUCUGCUGCUGAUAUUGAUGAUGAGGAACCUGGAGAGCUUAAUUCUGUGGAACCUGAUAAACAAAAUAAUGAGGUUGGAGACCAAGAUGAUCUUGGGGAUGCAGAAGGAGGUAUGGAUGACAUGCAGAUGGACAAGGAAGAAUCAGUUGCUGAUCCAACUGGACUUGAGCAUGAUGAGUUGAAAGAAAGAUCUGUUGAGGAUAUGGGUAUGGAUGAAGACAUAAAUGGAGAAGACUUGGACUCUAAGGAAGAGAUGGGUCAGGAAGGUGGUGAUGAUCCUUCUGAGGAUGGGAACCAGGAUGAGUCUGCUGAGAAUGGGAGCCAUGCCGAAGAGAAUGCAAAUCCUGUUGAUGAAACUAUGGAAGAGGCGGAUGCUGAACCAGUGGGAGGACCUUCUGAAAGUAAUGAUCAUGGCAAGGAUAAAGAAGAGAACUCAGAUAUAAAUUCAAUGGCAUCAAGGAAAGAUGUGUUCAGAGAUGGAAUUUCCGACUUAAUUAGCAACCAUAUGCCUAAUACAGCAUCUGCAACACAACCAAAUGGGAACUCACAGGUACCAGAUUCACAAAAUGUUGCACCAGAAGCAAACAUAUCUAGUACCAGCGAAACUUAUAAUGACCUUGCUCCCCAGAAAAGCUUACCUUCUGGUCAAACUUCUGAGAUGGACAUAAUGAUCUCUGACUCAUCAAAUAAUGGAAGUCUGACUGAUGAUCACCAAAAAGCAGAACACCCUGAGAAGGAAUCUUUAUCUGUUCAAAAUACCCAACCAAACCCUUACAGAAAUGUUGGAGAUGCACUUGAGGAGUGGAAAGAAAGGGUCAAAGUAUCUGUUGAUAUUCAGGCAGACAGCAAGGAGGCACCCAGUGAGAUGGAGGACAAGGAUGCUGAUGAAUAUGGAUAUGUUCCCGAGUUUGAAAAGGGAACAGAGCAGACAUUGGGCCCUGCUAAUUCUGAGCAGGUUGACACAGAUAUCAAUAGUAAGCCAGAUGAGGAUAACUCUGCAGCUCCAAGAGAGGAUAUGAGCAAGAUGCAGAUUGAAAAGCAAAGUUCUGAAGAUAGGCAUCUGAAACAUUAUGGCUCAAUCCUCAAAAGUAAGAUGGAGGAGCAGAAGCAGUCCUCUGAUUCUGAGAAGGCAUGUAAGGAGGGAUCCCCAGAAAUCGAUGGUCGUUAUGAUGAUGGUCGGGGAAUACUUUCUGAGAGUUUGGUCUCUAUCAAGAAGUCUUACUUGACUGAGGAGAUAGACCACCUUAGCAAACUUUCUGUGGACGAUAAUGAGCUUGGGAAAGUCCAGGAUCCUGGAGAAAUUUCCCUUGAUAUAAAGAGUAAUGCUGCUGCUCUUUGGAGAAGAUAUGAGUUGCUCACAACAAGGUUGUCCCAAGAGUUGGCUGAACAACUGCGUCUUGUUAUGGAACCCACUCUAGCGAGCAAGCUUCAAGGAGAUUAUAAAACUGGGAAGCGGAUCAACAUGAAGAAGGUAAUUCCCUAUAUAGCAAGUCACUACCGGAAAGAUAAGAUAUGGCUGAGGCGAACCCGGCCUAACAAACGCGACUACCAAGUUGUCAUUGCUGUGGAUGAUUCACGGAGUAUGUCUGAGAGUUGUUGUGGGGAUGUUGCAGUUGAAUCAUUGGUGACAGUCUGUCGUGCCAUGUCUCAACUGGAAAUGGGAGACUUGGCUGUUGCAAGCUUUGGUAAGAAGGGGAACAUAAGGUUACUGCAUGAUUUUGGUCAGCCAUUCAAUGGGGAGGCUGGGGUAAAGAUCAUUUCCAAUUUGACAUUCAGACAAGAGAACACCAUUGCUGACGAGCCUGUUGUUGACUUGUUGAAGUAUCUGAACGACAUGCUUGAUACUGCAGUUGCAAAAGCACGACUCCCUUCUGGACAGAACCCACUACAACAACUUGUUUUAAUUAUUGCUGAUGGUCGGUUCCAUGAAAAGGAGAAGUUGAAACGUCGUGUUAGAGAUUUCUUGAGUAGGAAGCGAAUGGUUGCAUUUCUGCUUCUGGAUAGCCCACAGGAAUCCAUCAUGGAUCAAAUGGAAGCAUCAUUUGUUGGUGAAGGUGAAAAAAGAGUGCUUAAAUUCACAAAAUACCUCGACUCCUUCCCCUUUCCAUACUAUAUUGUAUUGAGGAAUACUGAGGCACUUCCAAGAACCCUAGCUGAUUUACUGAGACAGUGGUUUGAGCUUAUGCAGUAUUCAAGGGAUUAAAUUGUUUUUGAUUGGAGAAAGAUCGGUGCGACAAGCAGUGCAGUAGAGUUAUAGAGCAUUUUUGGUACAGUUAAAUGGGGGGAAAACUCUUCCUCAAUGGUGGGGAUCUUGUAAGGCGUAGUAUAGGGAAGAAAUUUAAACACACAAAUGAUCCCUCCAUAGAUACAAUUUUGUAUAUGGCAGGCAGAGUGGAUCUAACUCAUAUGUAAAGCUAUUGUUUCAUUAAUGUCAAGUCUCGCCGUUUCUUUCUCA